CCUCUCUUGACUUUUGAUCAGCCGGUGUGGGUAUAUACUCUGUCCUAAUACUCUGCGAACCUGCUGACACUUUUGGGUCUUUUACCUCCACGAAUACUUGUCUGUGAUCAUGACCACAUUCGAUGACAUCUUGGAGGAAAUCGGCCAGUUUGGUCGAUGCCAAAUUCGAAUAGUUGCCCUUUUCUGUUUAGUCUCCAUGCCUUUUCCUUGCGCCUACGUGGGGAUUGUGUUCCAGGGCUUCACCCCCGAGCAUUGGUGCCGUGACCCGGGUGUCAGUGAGAUCAGCGAGCAUUGCGGUUGGAGUCUUCAAGAUGCACGAAGGGUCACCGUGCCAGUGGUGAAUACCUCUGUAGGUGUGGGAUACAGUCAAUGUGAGAGAUACAACAUAGACUGGAACUCCACCAAUAUUACCUGUGACUAUCCUGAAGGUGACACCAACCAGGUCCAAAGUAUUGCAUCGCCUGUGAAGCCAUGCACGGAUGGUUGGAAGUAUGACUACGAAGGGAGACAAUCUUUUGUCACUGAGUUUGACCUAGUGUGUGCAGACGCCUGGUAUGUUGACAUGUUCCAGGCAUCACUCAAUGUUGGUUUUUUGGUGGGCAGCAUUACAAUUGGAUACCUGGCUGACAAAAUCGGUAGAAUGAAGAGUUUCAUGCUGACCAACUUCGUCAUUGCAGUAACAGGAAUUCUGGUUGCCACAUCCCCCAAUUACAUCUCCCUGCUUGUGUUCAGAGCUUUAUAUGGCUUUGGAGUGAAGGGUGGCUGGAUGGUUGGAUAUGUGCUACUCACAGAGCUGGUAGGAGUUGGAUACAGGAGAACAGUGGGUGUGACCUAUCAGAUGUUCUUCAGCCUCGGUCUUCUGGUACUUGCUUUACUUGCUUACCUCAUCCCAAACUGGCGCUGGUUACAGGUGGUCUUUACCGUACCUUACAUCUGCUUCCUAUCAUAUUACUGGUUUGUCCCUGAAUCACCAAGAUGGCUUAUCUCCCAAAACAACAAAGCCAAAGCUUUGGAGAUCACACAAAAAAUAGCCAAAGAGAACAGAAAGACACUGACCAAGCAUAUUGAGUCAUUGGAAGAUGACAGCACAGACUCUUCCUCAUCCGCUUCCUUCAUGGACUUGAUCAGAACUCCCAAGUUGAGAAAGUACACCUUCAUUUUGAGUUUCAACUGGUUUACCAGUGCUGUGGUUUACCAGGGUCUCGUUAUGAGACUGGGAAUCGCUGGUGGAAAUGUCUAUUUGGACUUCCUCAUAUCUGGAAUUGUGGAAUUCCCAGCAGCGUUCCUCAUCCUCCUUACUAUUGAGCGGAUCGGCAGACGGCUUCCAUUUGCAGCCGCAAAUAUCGUGUCCGGGGCUGCCUGUUUAAUCACAGCAUUCAUUCCGGACAGUAUGUUCUGGUUAAAAACCACUGUUGCUUGUAUCGGCCGUCUUGGCAUCACUAUGGCUUUUGAAAUGGUAGUAUUUGUGAACACUGAACUGUAUCCCACUGUUAUCAGAAAUCUGGGUGUAUCAGCCUGUUCCACAUUAUGUGACAUUGGAGGGAUUGUAGCUCCAUUCCUACUCUAUCGGCUUGCUGUCAUCUGGAUAGAAUUACCUCUCAUCAUUUUUGGUGCUCUUGCCUUUGUGGCUGGUGGACUUGUUCUACUGUUACCUGAAACCAAAGGUGUACCUCUUCCAGAAACCAUUGGUGAUAUUGAAAAUCCAAACAGCAACAAAGAAAAACAUCUAAAGAGUCAACAGAUUGAGAAUCUGCUGUCGUCUGAUGUGUCAUCUAACAAAGAUGAUACAACCGUCUGAGAGAGAACACAGCAAC